CGGGCCCGGGGGGCGGCGCGGCACUCGGGCUCCGCCGGGCGGACCAGGCGGCGGAGGGCGGCCGGGCCGGGAGUGAUGGAGCCGGCCGAGGUGAAGGACCGCAUCCUGGAGAACAUCUCGCUGUCCGUGAAGAAGCUGCAGAGCUACUUUGCUGCCUGUGAAGAUGAGACCCCGGCCAUCAGAAACCACGACAAGGUCCUGCAGCGGCUCUGUGAGCAUCUGGACCACGCUCUGCUCUAUGGGUUGCAAGAUCUUUCCUCGGGUUACUGGGUGCUGGUUGUUCACUUCACCCGCCGUGAAGCCAUCAAGCAGAUAGAAGUGCUCCAACAUGUGGCCACCAACCUGGGACGCAGCCGAGCAUGGCUGUACCUUGCCCUCAAUGAAAACUCCUUGGAGAGCUACUUGAGGCUGUUCCAGGAGAACCUAAGCCUGCUGCACAAGUACUAUGUCAAGAAUGCUCUGGUUUGCAGCCAUGAUCAUCUGACCUUGUUCUUAACGCUGGUGUCCGGGCUGGAGUUCAUCCGCUUUGACUUGGAUCUGGACGCUCCUUACCUGGAUCUGGCCCCUUACAUGCCAGAUUACUACAAACCUCAGUACCUGCUGGACUUUGAGGACCGCCUGCCCAGCUCCAUGCACGGCUCGGACAGUCUCUCUCUCAACUCCUUCAACUCUGUCACCUCCACCAACCUGGAGUGGGAUGACAGUGCCAUUGCUCCAUCCAGUGAAGAUUAUGAUUUUGGAGAUGUCUUUCCAGCAAUGCAGACCAUGCCCAGCAGAGACUGGGAAGAUGGGGACCUCACAGACACGCUCAGCUGCCCGCACUCCACUGCCUCAGAAGCAAAUGGCAGCAAAACCUCUGUAAAAAGCCCAACGCAGCGCUACAACCCCUUCAACGAGGAGAAAGCAGAUGUGCUGUCCUCCACUGAGACCACCCCAGUGCACACAGCUUCCCAGGAAAAGGCAGAAGCCACCCCUGAAGGAACGGACCAGUCUGAGAGCUGCACAGAGCUGGAGGUCAUCAGGUUAGCCAAGAAGAAGAAAACAGGCAAGAAGAAGAAAGCAAAGCCAGAGGAGCCAGUGAACACACCUGUGCCCGCAGUGCCCGAGGCCAGCACACAUCAGAGCAGCGGAGACAGCGAUGUGAAUGGGCUGAGUGACAGAGGAGAUGUACAGAGGGACGAUGAAACCACUGCCCCAGCUGGGGAGCCGAGCCCGGGCGGGCAGGAGGACGGACAGGAGCGUUCUGCCCUCAGCCAGCUGGCUUUGCGCAUCCCCGAAAUGAAGGACACGUCCAUGGAGAGCGUGGGGCAGCCGCUGAGCAAGGUGAUGGACAGGCUGAACGGGCAGCUGGACCCUGGCGGCUGGAGCGCGCCGCCCCUGGAGCCGCCCAGGCAGUCCUUUCGGACCGGCACGCCAGGGGACACCCCAGAUGGAUCGUCCUCUGGCGACUUUAGCGAGGGGAUUUCAGCCCCCAUGGACUUCUACCGCUUUACCGUCGAGAGUCCAAAUGCUGCUGCACCAGGUGGUGGCCACAAUGACGCUCCAGGGGCUGGCCAACCGCCACAUGUUUCUGGUAGCCCUGAGACUCCUAAAGAAGAAGAAGAAAGCAGACAGGGAGAAGAAGCAGUUGGGGCAGUAGAAGAGUCUGAAGGAGUGAGCGGUGAACCCCAAACUGCCCAGAUGGAAACCAUCAAUCCUGAGGCUGUCGGUGAGCCAAAGAAGGAGCAGCCCAGCCCUUCCUUGAGCAGCGCUGAGGACUCUGGUGUGGAGGAAGGUCAGGGCAGCCCUUCAGAGCUCACCCAUCCCUCGGAGUUCAGGGUGGACAACAACCAUCUGCUCCUGCUGAUGAUCCACGUCUUUCGGGAGAAUGAGGAACAGUUGUUCAGGAUGAUCCGAAUGAGCACCGGGCACAUGGAGGGGAACCUGCAGCUGGUCUACGUCCUGCUGACAGAUUGCUAUGUGUACCUGAUCCGGAAAGGGGCAGCAGAGAAGCCAUACAUGGUGGAGGAGGCCGUUUCCUAUAAUGAGCUCGACUACGUUUCGGUUGGGCUGGAUCAGCAGACGGUGACGCUGGUGUGCACCAAUCGGAGGAAGCAGUUCCUGCUCGACACUGCAGAUGUGGCUCUCACAGAGUUCUUCCUGGUCUCCUUGAAGUCAGCCAUGAUCAAGGGGUGCCGGGAGCCUCCGUACCCCAGUAUCCUCACAGAUGCCACCAUGGAGAAACUGGCACUUGCAAAAUUUGUGGCUCAGGAGUCCAAGUGUGAGGCCUGUGAUGUGGUUGUGCGUUUCUAUGGCCUCGUACACUGGGAGGACCCCAUGGAUGAGGCGCUGGGACCCUCUCCCAAUAGCUACACCUCUGCUGAAAAUGCAGUCACAAAGGAUGGCAUUCUGCACUACAAGGCGGGCACCUCAUACCUGGGCAAGGAGCAGUGGAAGACCUGCUUCGUGGUGCUCAGCAAUGGGAUCCUGUACCAGUACCCUGACCGCACAGAUGUCACACCUCUGCUCUCCAUCAACAUGGGCGGUGAGCAGUGCGGGGGAUGCCGGCGCUCCAACACCACCGACCGGCCCCACUCCUUCCAGGUGAUCCUGACAGACCGGCCCUCCCUGGAGCUGAGUGCUGACAACGAGGAGGACAUGGCUGACUGGAUGCAGUAUUUCUGCCAGGCCGUCUCCAAAGGGGUCAUCCCCCAGGGUGUAGCCCCUACGCCAUGUGUCCCGUGCUGCCUGGUGCUGACAGAUGAGAAGGCCUUCACCUGUCAUGAGGACUGCCAGACCAGCUUCUUCCGCUCGCUGGGCACGGUGGAGCUGACAGACAUCACCUCCAUCUCCACAGAGGCCAACAAGGAGUACUGCAUCCUGGAGUUUGCUCAGGACCACAAGCAGUUCCUGCCUCCCUGGGUGCUCUAUUUCAGUUGCACUACAGAACUGGAGAGGUUCCUCUCAGCACUGAACGCCGCGUGGAGAAACAAAUACCAGGUCGACCUCCUGCACAAGGCCAUUCUGGACGCAGCUGUCAAGAAGAAAUGUGAGGAUGCUCAGAGCCUCAUCAACAGCGCCUGGCAGCGCAGCGACAGCCUGUGCCGCGGGCGGGCAGAACGAGACCCCUGGUGUUAGCCCUGAGGGGAGGACGGCUGACAGACACCCCAGAUGCUCUCAGAGU